AUGGUCGCUCAUAAGUCCCUUCAGGAGAGUCCAGGAAGGCAGAGAGGCCAGGAGGUCGGAAGGCCAGAAAGGCAGGGAGGCCAGGAAGGCAGGGAGGCCAGAAAGGCAGGGAGUCCAGGAAGGCAGAAAGGGCAGAAGGGCAGAGGCCAGAAAGGUAGAGAGGCCAGGAAGGCGGAGAGGCCAGGGUGGCGGAGAGGCCAGAAAGGCAGGGAGGCCAAGAAGGUAGGGAGGCCAGGAAGGCAGAAAGGACAGAAGGGCAGAGACCAGGAAGGCAGGGAGGCCAGAAAGGCAGGGAGGCCAGAAAGGCAGGGAGGCCAGGAAGGCGGAGAGGCCAGAAAGGUAGGGAGGCCAAAAGAUAGGGAGGCCAGGAAGGUAGGGAAGCCAGGAAGGCAGAAAGGACAGAAGCGCAGAGACCAGAAAGGUAGAGAGGCCAGGAAGGCAGAAAGGACAGAAGCGCAGAGGCCAGGAAGUUGCUCCUUCAGAGAAUUUCAUAGUAGCUUACUGACAGCCGUCAACGCUUGGUGUACAAUAAAGUAUUUGACGACUGGAAAGGAUGUAGAAGGGGGAGCGGGAGGGGGAGGAGGAGUAGGGGCGUGGGGUGAAGAUGAAAAGGGGAAGGGGGUUAGAGGGAUGGGGGUGAGGGAAUGA